AUGGAGAGAGUAACGGCGACAUGGAAGCCCAACGUUGAGAUUUCUCCGACCUGUCCUCGUUGCGGUUCAAUGAACACCAAAUUCUGUUACUACAACAAUUACAGUUUGACCCAACCUAGGUACUUCUGCAAAGGCUGUCGGAGGUACUGGACCAAAGGGGGUUCUCUCCGCAACGUUCCCGUCGGCGGCGGCUGCCGGAAGACCCGGAGAGCCAAAUCCUCGUCUAUUCGCGUUGUCUCCAAUCAUCGCCGAGGAGGGGUGUUUGGGAUCUCCGCCGCCGACAACAAUAAUCCCGCCGGAUCCACUACUAGUCCCGCCUCCGCCGCCGCCGGGACUAAUGGCCCCGCCCCCAACAUUGAUCUCGCCGCCGUUUAUGCGAACUUCAUGAAUCCUAAUCCUAAUCCUCAACCUCAACCCGCCCACAUCCCGGAAACUACACUGGCAAAUAAUGAUGAUGGCGGCGGCGGUGGCGCAGGUCCAUCGUUUGAAUUUUCCGGCUAUCCAGCCAUGUUGAACGUGGAUUAUUUCGUCCCCGAAGCCGCCAUGGCUCCUCAAGACGGCGGCUUCGUCGUCGACGAAUUUGGAAACAAUAAUAAUUCCGCGGCAGCGCUGUUUCAGGAACAAUUCUGCGGCGAAUCGUUGCCCCCAAUGCUCCCUCCUCAUGAAGAGUUAACAGCCUCGGAAGGGUGGCCCACCCACAAUUCCGACAUGAAUAUGAAUAUGAAUAUGAUGUUUCCAUUGCAUCACACAAUAAGUGCUCACCAUCAUGAACCAGAGCUACAAGGUUGUCCUAACCAUCACACCACUUCAAGUGCAAGUCUUUUCAGCAUCCCCACCACUUAUGAUUCCAUUUUCCGGCCUUAA